AGACAUUUUGUACCUGUCUGAUCAGGGAAUAUACUCCAGGCAGAAACUGCACAUGUAUGCAGCAUGUGUGAAACAGCUCUGGUUCAGUGUAAGCAUUCAGCAGCAACAGAAGCAGCACAGUGGAGAGAAACACCUUAGAAGGGUUGAGGACUGGCUUUUGUUUGUUAAGAAUUGCAGAGUCCACAUGUCAGAGAAUCCCUUCAUGUGUGGGGAUGGUAGGAAGGACCUCCUGCCCAGCUUGGGCCUUUUCCAGCACCAGACCACUCACAGCAAGGGGAAUUCACCUAGAAGCACUGAAUGCAGGGAGACUUUUUACAGUGGAGAAGGGCAUUAUAGGUGAAUGUGGAAAAGCCUUUAGCCACAAAAAUAAGCUCGUUGAACACCAAAGAUUUAACACUGGAGAAAGACCUUAUCAGUGCAUUGAAUGUGGAAAAUUCGUUAGGCACAACUCUAGACUUACGGUACACCAGAGAGUUCACAUGGGUGUAAGGCCUUAUGGGUGCAGUGAAUGUGGGAAAGCCUACAGCAGAAGUUCCCACCUUGUUUGGAACAAAAAAGUUCACACUGGAGAAAGGCCUUAUGAAUGCAGCAAAUGUGGGAAAGCCUAUAGCAGCAAACACACACUUGUUCAACACCAGAGAGUCUACACUGGAGAAAGGCCUUAUGAGUGCAGCAAAUAUGGGAAACUGUUUAGCCAUAACUCCAGCCUUAUUGUACACUAGAGAGUUCACAGUGGAGCAAGGCCUUAUGAAUGCAGCAAAUGUGGAAAAGCCUUCAGCUAUACACACAGACUUGUUCAACAUCGGAGAAUUCACACUGGAGAAAGAUCUCAUGAGUGUAGUGAAUGUGGUAAAGCCUUUAACCAGGAAUACAGACUUGUCCAGCACCAGAAAAUCCACACUAGAGAAAGACCUUAUGCAUGCAGUGAAUGUGGGAAAUGCUUUGGCGAAAGCUCUGGCCUUACUGAACAUCAGAGAAUUCACACUGGGGCAAGACCUUGUAAGUGUAGUGAAUGUGGAAAAUUCUUUAGCCACAAAAUCACACUUGUUUGGCACCAAAGAAUCCAUACUGGAGAAAGGCCUUGUAAGUGCACUGAAUGUGGGACAUUCUUUAGCCACAAGUCCAGCCUCAUUAAACAUCAGAGAAGUCACACUGUAGAAAAGCCUUAAGCUAAUGGCCUUUCCUCAUUUGUUACCAGAAAGUUCAAACUGGAGAAAGGCCUCUGCAGUGCAGGGUGUUUGCUUGGUCAACAGGAAUGACACCAGGGAGAAGUUCUGAUAGUAGUCUUUAUAAAGUACCCAUCAACCAAAAGUUGUAUCUCACACAUCUGAACAUCCACAGUGGGGAGAUUUCCUAUGAGUGCUGGUUAUGUGGGAAGCUCUCAGGACCUGUAUUGCAGUUUGGCCUGCCCAAGGCCCUUGCCUGAAUUAAAUCACUGCCAGUACCUGUGGCAGAAGCCAUCUUGCCUCUGCCUGCUGGCUAAUGUGCAUCAGGUUACCCAGUGUGCCCAGGGAAGGCAGACCUCUGUACUCCCUCCUUCCCUGGAGGAAAUCAUGAGUGGUCUAAGGUCAUUGGAGGCAUAAUUACAUUCACAGACUGGGUGUGAUUAGAGUUGGGGGGAGCGAGCUAAAGAGGAUGUACCCCAUCUGAAGUGCUUCCAGAAAUAUUCUCACUAAAGCUUUGAGGGAUGAGCAUGUAUAGAUAUUCUCAGGACUUCUAGAUUUACAUUUCUUCUAUGGACAAGGUCACUGGCAGAGCAAAUAAUCUUAAAGCUUUCUGGAUUCCUGGGGCUACUUGGCUGUUUACCUCAAAGCCACUGUUAGACAGGCAAGGAAAUGGAGACUGAGAGAAGAGAGAUAUUGUAGUCCAAGAAUGUGACUUUUGUGACUCAAUCUUUAUUGCUUGCUAUUCUUUCCUUCCAUUGAAGUAGGGGUGUCCCACCAGAGGGCUGAGAAUAGUUAUGGUCAAGUCAAUAUGUUUGUCAAAUAUUCCAGUUCUUCAAGAGAAGCAGGAGAUCCAGAAUUUUUGAAAGCUCGAUUGAGAUAUAAUUGAUGGGCAGUAAACUGUGUACAUUUAAAGUAUAAAAUAUGAUGUUUUGUCAUAUGUAUGGGCAUAUACAUAUAUGAUUUAAUGGUAUUUAACAAAUUCAUCACCCUCCAAGUUACCUUAUUCUCCUUUAUAAUCCCUCCUGUCCUCCAUCCCUAGCUCCCCAUUCUCAUGUCUUUCACUAAAAACUUGCAAUUCUAGAAUUUUGUAUAAAUGGAAUAACAAGAUGUUUACUCUUUUUUGCCU